AUGAUCGGCUGCAGCACUAUAGUGAAUUUAUCUUUGCUUCUAGGAGCAGUUGCGGCUAUCGAGCCAAAUAGUCCAGUGCGAACACUGGUGGCAUUCUCCAUCAUCGGUUUCGUGGUGACACGACAUUUGAUCCCCAAAGUUGGUCCGAGUUUCAUCAAGAUUGGAUUACAUGGCAAAGAUUUGUCCAAAAAAGCACCUGUUCCUACAAUUCCCGAAAGCAUGGGGCUAGUAGCUGCAGCAACCUACCUUCUUUUGAUGUUUGCACUUAUCCCAUUCAUUUUCUUUAAAUACCUUGUUUCCUUUGGCUCGUUGGCCAACGAUGAAGUUAUGACGGAAAAUUAUCGAAAUCAAUACCAAUCGGUGAAGAAUAAUAAUUUGUUUCCACAUAACAAAUUGGCCGAAUACUUGAGUGCGGUCUUGUGCUUACAAAGCACGACUAUGCUUGGUUUACUAGAUGACUUAUUUGAUAUUCGUUGGAGACACAAAUUUUUUCUUCCCGCCAUAGCCUCGUUGCCGCUUUUGAUUGUUUACUAUGUCGAUUUCAGUGUCACCUCUGUAGUGGUUCCCAAAUUUGUUACGGAUAAUGCGUUGGGGUCUUUCUUCUUGGACGUUUUGAACACAAUUGUUAAAUACCUGAACCACUUGGUGACUUGCAUAACAGGUCUUUCUUUUAGAACAUUACAAACAGACUACGAAAUCCCCUCGGACGCACCAAAGUUGAUCGAUUUGGGAAUAUUCUACUACUUUUACAUGUCGGCCAUUUCGAUUUUCUCCCCAAACUCAAUCAAUAUUUUAGCAGGUAUCAAUGGAUUAGAGGUUGGCCAGUCGGUGGUUUUGGCAAUCAUAUUUUUGAUCAAUGAUUUUUGCUAUUUGUUAUCCCCAGGUAUAUCGCAAGCGGCACACGAUUCUCAUCUAUUCUCGGUCAUAUUCAUCCUUCCAUUUUUGGGAGUGUCACUAGCACUUUUGCGUUACAAUUGGUUCCCAGCAAAGGUGUUUGUAGGAGACACUUAUUGUUAUUUCAGCGGCAUGGUUUUCGCAAUUGUUGGUAUCCUUGGUCACUUCUCAAAGACGUUAGUUAUAUUUCUAGUACCACAGAUUUUGAACUUUUUGUAUUCAGUUCCACAAUUGUUUCACAUUGUGCCAUGUCCAAGACACCGCUUGCCAAAAUUCGACUCAAGUAAUGGACUAAUGUAUCCAAGUUUUGGUGAGCUAAAAAAGGAAACCGUUAUCAGCAAAAUGAUUUUGAACACUUUGGGACGUUUAAAGAUGGUCAAAUUGGUACGUGACCCAAAACAAAAUGGAAAAGUUGUACAAUUUAGCAAUAUGACAAUUAUAAAUCUUAUCUUGGUUUGGUUUGGACCCAUGAGGGAAGACAAAUUAUGCAUGUUAAUUCUCGCAAUUCAGUUUGUAAUUGGGGUGCUGAUGAUUGUCGUAAGACAUACUGUUGGACCUUGGCUCUUUGGAUAUGAUAACUUGACAUGGGGUGUAAAAUAA